UUUGGGAGCCACUUAGCUGCGGGAACAGGCUACCGAAGGACACUAGUGAGUGGGCAGAACUGAGAGAAUUCUAGAGCCUCCGAAACUUUCUACAAAGGGAGCCCGCUGGUAUUGUCUUGGAGUGCAUGAGGCCCGAGCAACAGGCAGCCUUUGCGAAGGCAGGGAGGAGCUGAUCGAGUGGAUAGGGCUCAAUUCUGCAGAGGAGAGCCUUACACACGGGAGUAUGUCGGAGUCAACACCAGCAGAGGGGGGGCAGAGGAAGCCCUCGCUCAACAAGAACAUCAAGAAGCUGCGGGCAAUAACCACGGUGUGCGGCCUGGCACGCAGCUGGCAAAAAUGGGUGUGUGAAAAUGAGGAUAAGCAAUCGACCGAGCCAUCAGGAUGGGCACCCGGCGAACCGGCCCAGCGGGGUGAGAAGAAGAAGCCCCAGCCCAAGGAGACACCCGCAAAACACACGAAUGAGGAGGAGAAGGAUGACGAUUACGUUGGGAGUAUUAAGACCGCGUUGGUGGUGAAGACGGUGCAGAGCAGCGCGCAGGAGAGGAGCGCCGGGGUGGGCAUGCUGGCCGAGAAACUCGGGAGGGACCCCUCGGCCGGGGAGGAGGUGGACCGCCUGCUGAGCAGGAAGGGGUCCCCGACGCUACGCCGGAUGUGCGGCAGCAUCUCCGAGAUCACCAAGGCCUUGAAGGAGACAGAAGGAAGGAAGAAGAACGACAUGGAGGAUAGCGGCUUCUCCGAGGCCGAUGAGAGGAGUCUGGAAUCAGAGGGAGGGGCUGAGGACGAGGUCAACAUCAGAAAGUCUUCUGGGCCAGUGCUCCGAAAGGUGGGCGAGGACGCCGACAAGAUCAACGCUCUCUCCAAGAAGCACAGUGCCGUGGGCAACCUGGCCAGCCGCUGGCAGAACUGGGCGUCAGACCACGAGGUCACCCAGAAGCUCAACCCCUUCAGCGAGGACUUUGACAAUGAUUACUCCAUGCAGCAGCGCCUACACAAGGGCGAGGAGGGCUACGGACGGCCCAAGGAGGGCACCAAGACGGCGGAGCGGGCCAGACGGGCCGAGGCGCACAUCCACCGUGAGAUCGACGACAUGUGCUUCAUCAUCGGGUCCAUGUCCGACCCAGACCCGGACGGCCGGUCGCGUAUUUCUUUUGGUGAGCUGUUCGACCGCUACGUGCGCAUCUCAGACAAGGUGGUGGGUAUUCUGAUGAGGGCCCGCAAGCACGGCAAGGUGGCCUUCGAGGGAGAGAUGCUCUGGAAAGGACAGGAUGACAGGGUCAUCAUCACUUUGUUAGUGUGACGUCGGUUACAGCGAUUGAAAUGAGGGACUGUGUCACUGUGUUAUUGUAUAUCAUUAAUGUAUAUUAUGAAUGAAUGUGCCUAGCUGCUAUGGUUGUAUUGAGCUUGUUAUGGUCAUGUGAGGUAAAACAAGUGCUCACAAUGGUAUCCAGACUGUUACAUCAACAAUGGAAUCUACAUAUUGCACCUUUAAUUCAGACCAACAUUCAUACAGAGUUCGGAGCCUAAUUUUACUCUCAGGUUUGGGUGUGUACAGCUGAUGGAAUUCGUUUUUCCACAAAGGAAGAAAAAUACCAAAACAUGGAAUGUGCUGUUUAAGAAUCAGUAGCGCUAUACUGCUGUACUCUAAUCCUUUGAUAUUAUACAUAAAACAGAAAGCUUCAUCAGAGGACAUGCAAUAUUGUAUCUAUUGUCAAUGGCCUACUUGUUGUAUGUAAUAGUGUGGAUAAAAAAAUAUCUGAACUGAGGUAUCAAUAAAUAGUAGUACUUUGUACGUUACAUAACACCAAUAUUGUCACAACUAAGAUAUGCAUGUGUGUACAGCGUGUACAGAUCCGAACUUUUGGUUACCAUGAUAUCCAGAGGAGGGCAGUAGAGAGCUACUUUUAUACACUCUUGUUGCAUAGGCUGGGGUUAGGGUGCUUGAAUGCUUAGAAGUUAAAUGUGGUCAUGGAUUUUGUUUUGUUUUUCACUCUGUCAAACUUGAAAAAAAGGAAAACACAGGGGAAAGGAAAGACACCUUGGAAAUAGAGUUGAUGGA